AAAGACGAACAUCUGUUUACUCAGUAGCUUGGGUACCUCAACUGUAAUCUGUCAAUACUGUAUUCAGACACAGAGUUGACCGAGAGACGUUACUCAUUACAAAACAAACACUGUACAGUAAGUUAGGAUUAGAUUUGAAAUUGUAUUUUUUAACGUGAAUUUUUAUUUUCGACAUGACGAUGAGCGAGCUAAUCGAACUGAGGAUGUAUAUCAUUUGAUAUGCGAGUUACUCGAAAUACAACUUUUCUUCAAGAUUGGAUCAAACAUGCUUGGCCGCUGCUUUACCAGAAGUUAUUCCUUUCAAGAUUCAAUGUCCAGUACCAGGCUACCAGGGCUUAUGGGCCUUUUAAACUACAGACUGUCUUGUUGCGUGAAUUCUGUACUCCAGUCAUUCUUUGCAACAGAGGAAUUCACUGAAAAACUGGAUAGAUGGAAUGGACCAAGCACAGCAGCAGAAGAGAAGUGCAAUACACCCCUUCAACUUCAGCGUGUUCUCAGAGUCAUGCAGAAAGAUAGGUCACAGACUCAGGCGCACAGAGAUUUUCUGUACUGCCUGCACCUGAAUCACAUCCGAUUCUAUGUGCAGCACGAUGCUGAUGAAGUAUUUCUUUUAAUCUUGAAUCUCAUCCAACAGCAGAUGAGUGACACAAAUCUGGCACAAGAGAUCAGAGACCUGUACAAGACUGAAGUAAGACAGCACCUGAAGUGUCUGAGCUGCAAUUCCAUGCAUGACGUACCCAAUAACAGCUAUUUUGUCAGCUUCCCGCUAUCAGUUUAUGAAAACUGUCAGAUGGUGGAAAACUGCUUCCAGUUCUUUUUUCGACCACAAAAGCUAACUGACAGAAACAAAUGUUACUGUAACUACUGUGGAGAGAAAAAAACAACUGAACAGGUAUUUAAAUUGACCUCCCUGCCAAAAGUCUUGGUCAUUCACUUGAAAAGAUUCCAAUGUUCAGGGUCUACUCGAAAGCUUAACUGUAAAGUAAGCUUCCCUGAAAUUCUGGAUUUUCAGAAAAUACUUCAUGAGGACCAACAUGAGCUAAACAAAGGUCAAAUGUAUAUAUAUGAACUGUUUGCUGUCAUAGUGCACUCAGGAACAGCUAUGUUUGGGCAUUACACAGCCUACAUUAAAUCACCAGGGGAACAAACCUGGUACCAUGCUGAUGACAGCUCCAUUUCCACAGCUUCCUGGGCAGAUGUAAAAAGUACAUACGGGAGCUCAAGUGGGAGUAGAUCUGCCUACAUGCUGUUGUAUCGGAAAAUUGAGGAGGAGACCUCUAUGAGUUCUCAGUCAACUCAUGGUUCUGAACUGAUGGAAACCGAGUCCAAAUGACUGUUCGCUGGAGAAGUUUAUUGCCAAGUUAAUUCAUGUUGCAAUAUUUUAGAUUUUGAUUUUUUUAACCAAUUUUUACCAGAAACAUUAGUAAACUCUAGAUUUCUACACCAGUAUGUGGCUCAAACACAGAAUUGCUGUUAUAUUUUUAAAGAAUCGCCUUGACCAUUUUUAUUAUGAUUAUGGAAUUGUGUUUUGGAUAAUUGUUUUGCAAUUGUUAAACAUAUUCUGUACAAUACAUACUAUACUUAUGUGAUGAAUUUAUAAGGUUAAGGAAAUUAAGUACACUAAUGGUAACUGUAUUUUUGGGAACUGUUUUUAAAAUUUUCUUAUGGAGUAUUUUAUAUUGGAAACAAUUAUCUAGUUCUUAAUCCCAAUUUCAUAAUUAGAAAAAAGAAUUAUCUUAUAAUUGUAAUUUUAUUUUAGAAUAUGUAUGCUUAAUUCUCUGUACUAUGCUAUAUACACUUUUUAUUUACCUGAUGCUGUACUGAUUUUAAAUCCUAAGCCAAACUAAUAAUUAUCCAGUCAAACAGAAAUUUCUUUUUUAAUGAGAUGCAGUAAAAAUAUUUUCACAAGAUGUUAACCUAACAUUUAAAAACUUUAUACAAACACAUAUCUCCACUGAAGUUAAAUGAUUAGCUGAA